CGAGAUCCUCUCCUCUGGGUGAAGGAGACAGAGAAGGACAGUGCCACUCCUAGCCUCCCUUUGACAAUGGCUCUGCCUCUAAAGGUCCUGAGCCGGAGCAUGGCCAGCGCAGCCAAAGGAGACCAUGGAGGGGCAGGAGCCAACACCUGGCGCCUCCUGACCUUUGUGCUGGCUCUCCCUGGCGUAGCCCUCUGCUCCCUUAACUGCUGGAUGCACGCUGGCCACCAUGAGCGACCAGAGUUCAUCCCUUAUCACCACCUCCGCAUCCGAACCAAGCCCUUCGCCUGGGGGGAUGGCAACCACACGCUUUUCCACAAUCCCCACGUCAAUCCUUUGCCCACCGGCUACGAGCACCCUUGAAGUCUCAGCAGAUUCACUCUGCCAACAGUCUUCAAAUUGACCUUCUGCACACCGGCUCUGAGAGCCCCUGAGGUUCCACUAGACAGUUCCAAGCGCAAUAAAGAUGUGGAAGUUUU